UUAAAAAAUGGCGGAGCGCAUCCAGUGUCGAAGUCGUCGAUCAACAGAAAAUCUCUUUGUUAUGAUAGAAGAAAGUGUAUCGAAAACAUUCAGAGACUGUGAAGAUAUUGACAGUUACGAAAAACAAAGAGUUUUUGAGCGUUUUAAAGAGAUAUACUUUGGAAGUCUUAAGAGUAAUAUUGUUAUUGAUGGAGUGGGAUGGGAAGAAACAAGUUGUGAUGAAACAGCAGAAUACAAACCCAUUGACAUGGAGAAAAAGAAAUAUGUUGAUACCACACUUGUGGAAUUGGUGGAUGAUUCAAUCAUCAGAGUGAGCAGUCGACGGAAGAAGUACCCAUCAAAGCUUACCAUUAACUGCAGGAAGAUGUUGGAGGCUAGAACAGUUCAAUGUGUCAAGAGAAAGUUUCAGCUACCUAAUAUGAAAGUGUGCAAUCAUACUGUAGCAGAAAAGAUAGUCAACCCAAUAAGAAUGGAGAACCUAGCAGAAUCCUGCAAAGUCUUGGCAACACAAAUUAAGACUGUUCCCAAUGCCCUUAUUAAAACAGAAAGACUAAAGAAAUCAACAGAAAUGUUUGAGAACCACAAAAUGACUCUACCCAAUGGUGUUUUGUUUAAUGACAGUGAAGUGAUUCCUCAUGAGGACUCCUCCCUUCAGAGCAAACUCCUUGUACAGUUGCAGUAGGAGAAUGUUGUUGGUGUUACCUAGGUCCCAUGUUGAAUAGUCUGUUAUUUACUGGUUUUGUUUUAACAUUGUUUUUUUUUUUUUUUUUUUACUAGUAUUUUAAAGUCACUAGUGCGUUAUUUUUGUGGGUGCCCUAUAUGAACCAUGCUGUCUGUCUCUCUGUCUGCAAGUUGUUUAUUUUGAAGUUAAGGUCAUGAAUGAAGGAUGAAGUUUGCAUUCACAGAAGGGUGGAUUUUUAUGAUGUCCAUACUAUAUUGUGGUAAAAAUAUACAUUUUAUUGAAAUAAAAUUUUCACGAAGAAAGAGUUUAAAAAAAAUCUUUUUCUUAAUUGCUGCUAUGUAAUAUGUUUAUUGUGUAAAAUGAUUUAUAAAUUCAAGGAAACUAUUUAUUUUAACAGGCACAGUAAUAAUAGCUUCAUUCUAUCGUUGCUGACAAUGUUCUUAUUGUAAUCUUAAAAUAUAAAGGUUGUAAACUAUAAAAAAGAAACAGUAGAACAAUAAAUUCCCUGGGAUUAAUUAUCUUGUCUGCAGUAAAAAACCUGGUACCUAAUCUUUAUCUGUCACAUUAAGAUUACUUAACACCUGUUUGAAAGUGAUUUUUGUUUUAAAGUUAAGGUCAAGUCUAUGUGAUGUUUGCAUUCACCAAGAGCUGACAUGGUUUAUUCUGAUUUAAAUACACAUUUAAACCAGAUGAUGUUUUUUACUGUCUUAUAUGAAUACAAGGAUACUAUUAAUUCCUAACAGGUAAUUGGAUAAUCUCAUUUGUCAUUCAGGAAGUAUAUCCAAAUUUUAUAAAUACAGUUGCUAUUUCAUAUUCUUCAUAUAUUUUUAAAUUUCCUUUUAAAUUUUUUCCCCAAGUCAAAUUCUCAUCUUAGAUUUCUAUCCCUCUGUGGGGUCCUUGCUGACUGGUCAUUUUUCUUGUUAAGAGAGAGAAAUUAUUUACCUUAAGCUUUUUUAAAUGUAUAUAUGUAGUAUUAUAUCAGUGUUGCUGAUAUUUUGUUAUGUUUUGUAUAAUUUUGUGUCUUUCUGUACUCAUUGCAAAUGAAGUAUAGCAUAAAAUGUAUAAAAUUAUACAGAUUCUGUAGAAUUGUUAAUGCUUGUUUAAGAUGCAUUAUAAGGCUACUGAUACCUAUUGUGUUAAAUCUUAUUUUCUUUAACUUAUAUUUAUCAGAUAAGUUUUCCCACUUUUUGGUAUUUCAUUAUUGGUUCAGCAGCAGUAGCACCUUCUUCCACCUGUUUACACGCAAGGUUGUAGGUGGGGUGAAUGUAUGACUCACCUUAAUUUCAACUUUAAAAAAAAAAAAAUUAGAAAGUAAGAAUUGGUAGACUUUGCAAAGAACAUGCAAUGCUGUUUUUAUUUUUAAGCAAGACUCUGUUUGCCUUUCAACAGUACAUUUUAUGUCAAGAAUUUACAUGUGCAUUAUAUCCAAGGAAAAUUUUCCUUGUUCUUUAUUAAGGCUUAGUGCAUGUAAAUUGGAAUGUCAUGCUUUAUCACAGUUGCAGUGUCCAUUCCUUUGUAACAGUGUCUAGGCAUCAAAAAUGCUUUAAAUAUAUUAUUGGUGAUGUAAACAUAUGUAUACCUUGGUAGUUAUACAAAGAUUUUAUACAAUGUAAAUAUGAAGUAUAAACAUUUGAAAUAGUGAUCAGAAAAUGUAAAUGUUUUGCAUGUACUAUUGCACGAUUGAUAUUAUAACAAAUGUCAAAAAAACAAAAAACAAACAAAUGUCAAUGUACAUUAUCACAGUAAAGCUAUAAGCACA